AUGCUGGUCGACUACGGUAAUGACCACGGCAACGCGCCCAACCUGCACCAUCAGCCGAACCCCAACGAGCCCGCCCACCGACCCAAGCCGCACCAUGCUCGACCCUACCCUCUCCCCUGGUACCAGGACACUCUCUGGGGUGGAAUGAUCAACAAGCUCUCCAAGGGCAAAGUUCUUCCCUUCCCCGAAGAGCGAGCGGACUUUGUUCCGCCCGAAGAGUAUCUGCCUGGGUACAAGAGCAAGCACGCUUCGACCAACAGGACGGGGUCGCACGAUUCGAGGCUCUCUGGCUCGUCCACUUCGCCCGGCUCCGAGACGACCCACGUGGGCAGCCAGACGCCCAAGACGCCCAAGACAGGCAACUCCUCCUCCGCUGAGGAUGGCGACAAGUCGAACCGAGAAACGCCCCCGGACAACAUGGAGGACGACACCGAUCCGUACCUGAUCGACUGGAACGGCCCCUCCGACCCGGACAACCCGCAGAACUGGUCCAAUCCACGCAAGAAUUUUGUCACGGCGCUCCUGUGUCUGCUCACCUUCUCGGUCUACAUGGGCUCGGCAAUCUACACGCCCGGUGUCGAGCUGCUGGCCAACUACUUUGGGGUUGGCGUCGUCCCCGCUACGCUUGGAUUGUCGCUCUUUGUGGCAGGAUAUGGGCUUGGUCCGAUGGUGGGUUUGAGCAGUAUUUCGGAGAUCCCUGCUAUCGGACGGAGCAUGCCAUACUUGGUGACGCUGUUCCUGUUCGUGGUGUUGCAAAUCCCGACCGCGUUGGCGACCAACAUUGCAGGGUUUAUGAUCCUGCGUUUCCUCGCGGGUCUGUUCGGCUCUCCACCGCUGGCAACGGGCGGUGCGAGCAUUGGUGAUCUGUACGGCGCACGAAACCGACCUCUUGCGCUCGGCGUAUGGGGUCUCUCUGCAGUUUGCGGUCCCGUUCUCGGUCCUCUGAUCGGUGGAUUUGCAGCGCAGAGCUUCGGCGCAGAGGGCUGGAGGUGGACCAUCUGGCCCUUGCUCAUGCUCUCCGGCUUCACCCUCAUCAUCCUCAUCGUCACCCUGCCCGAAACAUCGUCCAGCAACAUCCUCUACCGUCGCGCCCAGAGACUGCGCAAACACACGGGCAACCCACACCUCCGCUCCAAGGGCGAGAUCUUUUCCGCCACGCUCACGGGCAAGGAGUUGGCGCUGAUGACUUUCGUCCGUCCCUUCCUGCUGUCUUUCACCGAGCCCAUCGUGCUGGGUAUCAACUUCCACAUCGGUCUCGUGUACGGUAUCCUCUAUCUCUGGCUAGAGGCCUUCCCGAUCGUGUUCGUCCAGACCUACGGCUUCAACUACGGCGAACUCGGUCUGGCCUUUAUGGGCAUCUUUGUGGGUGCGAUCAUCACCUACUUCUUCUUCGUCCUCUGGCACCGUUAUUCGUACGGCCCGACGUUUGAUCGUCAGAACGGCAAGGUGGCACCGGAGAAAUGGCUCGAGCCGGCCAUCGUGGGUGCGUGGGCCAUCCCGCUGUGCAUGUUCGGUUUCGGCUGGACAGCUAAUGCGAGCAUCCACUGGAUCGUCCCCAUCAUCCUCUCCAGCUUCUUCAGCGUGGGAACCUUCCUGCUGUUCCAGUCGGGGUUGGCGUAUCUGGGCGAUUGCUACCCGGAAUACAUCGCCAGUGUCUACGCGGGUAACGACUUUUUCAGAGCAAGCAUCGGCGCUGCUCUCCCACUGGUCGCAAGGGCCAUGUUCAACAACCUCCAGGCAAACGGGCCCGCGGCAUUCCCCGUCGCUUGGGGAAGCACCCUCAUCGGCUGCAUCUCAGUCGUCAUGGGCCCCAUCCCCCUGUUGCUCUGGAAGUACGGCCCCUGGCUCAGGUCCAAGUCCAAGUACGCGAUCGACCCCACCGCCGGCGGCGACAGCAAGACGGACGAGAAGCAAAACAGCUCGGCUUAG